GGAUAUUCAGUUUUAAAAGCCAACAUGGUUCUACGCUUGCUCCUGCGCUACUUGGCCAACAAUGAACAACUAAUUGAGCGAAUGGCAGAAAGUUAUCCCAUGCGCCGUGCAGCACAGAUUGUUGUCUCCAUGACUUAUCGUUUUAAAAAUAUUGCACAAGAGCGUGGUCUGCAUGACAUGAGCCCGGAACGCUUUAAAUCGUUUAUGGAAUAUUUUAGGAACAAUUUGAAGCAGGAAAUCGAAGGAGCUAAACAAGAACUGAAGAAAAAGCCAUAAUAAGCAGAACUGAUAGA